UCCGUUACGCCUUGAGCACCGAAUAUGUGCCCCUUUUAGCUUCCACAUUAUCACCAUUUCAUAGAUCUCGCAGCUUUUCCUCUGUUCUUUUUCAUGUUUGGGGGGAUCAUCAUACAUCUCUGAGAUAUGGAUCUUCAACUUGGUCUAGCUCUCCCAAUUCAUGACCCUGCCAAAGGGUCUGAGCCAAAAGAUCAAGAAGGCCCGUACAAGAAGUGGGUCAGCAACAAAAGGUGUCAUGGAGAGGCAUUUGAGGAAGACUCCUCAGGGAAAUCGCAGUUGUUGGCGUGGAGCGGCAGGCCGAACGAGGAAGACGACCCAUGUGGGAGGCGUGGCAAGUUUUCUUGCUCCAUAAACAAGUUUAGGUAUAAUGAAGGAGCUGAUGAUGAUGAUCAGGUUGUGGGGUGGCCACCCAUCAAUUCCUGGAGGAAGGAGUUCAUACACGGGCAUCCACCGCACCGAGAUCUUCACGAGAAUGUCCGUCCGGCUGGGAAAGAAAAUGGUGAACCCGGUCAUAACAUGUUCGUGAAGGUGAAAAUGGAAGGAGUGGCCAUCGUAAGGAAGAUCAACUUGAGGACCUACCAAUCUUAUAACAGUCUUAAAGGUGCCUUGAUCGCCAUGUUCUCAAGAUACAACAGAGAUGAGUUCAAAGAUCAUGCCGGCUACGCUCUCACUUACCAGGACAAAGAAGGAGACUGGCUCUUGGCUGGAGAUAUUCCAUGGCCGAACUUUGUGGAGUCGGUACGUCGCCUGGAGAUACAAAGGACUAGAGAUUGAAACCAGAUUCGUUCAGGCCAAAACCAUACCAUGUCAAGCUCGAACAUCGUUGAUCCCUUCUGAGAUUGCACUGGUGUCCAGCAGAAGUACGUCUUUGAUAUGUCGAUUUGCUUGAAUAAGAUGAUUGUAAGAAAUUAUUAGGCAGUCUAAGUUAGCUUGUUUACCAGCCAAAAACAGUUGAUGAGGCCAAAAGUUAAGCCUGUUUCCCAGCCGUUUAAAAAUACCUCGUUCCUCCUCCACGUAUGUAACUUCUUGAUUUGAAGCCUUGUAAAGUUGCUGGAAUUGUGAGCUUUUCGCUGUCUGAAGAGCACAAACAUAGAGCAUUUUCAUACCGACGUCAGCAUAUACUAGAGGAAUUGGUGGGGACAAA